UUAAUAGGACCUGAAAAUUAUCUGUCUUUUAAUGAUAAUAUUUUUAAAAAAAAUGGUUUGGAAGCAAUUACCAAUUGGUACCGUGAUCGAUUCCUUCAAAACUCUAUUGACUUUUGAAUUUUUACCAAAAUUCAAAAGAAAUACCACAUGCUUCAUCUGUAAUUGCCUGGAUAGAUUUCUUUGUGCGUGCAAACCAAUUUCCACGAAACGUUUGCAGAGAAAAGGAGUCAAGUCCAGAGGCUGUGGUCGUAAACAUUGCGGAACCAAUUGCGUGUGCAGCUGCAACAGAUGCAAAAAAUACAGCUCCUUUCAAAAGAAGCGGGUACUGAAUACCAAUUUUCUAGCUGAUCUUGCUUAUAAUCAUCGAGUUUCGAGAAAUCAGGAAAUCGUAGGAAGUCAGCUGGAUAACGAGGGUAAAUUAAACAAGGACAGCAACCGGAUCAGCAUUCAAGAUCCUAGCCAGGAUCUAAUCAAGGAUCACAGAGACGUGUCAAUUCCUAAAAAGAAUGGACAAGAAUGGUGGACAAGUCUGAAGCAUCAAUACAUGCCGCCAUUGUCUCAAGGAUAUCCGGAACCUACUAGAUCCGAUUGCUCAUCCGUGACAUCCGGUUUCCGUUCAGAGAUUCCCAACUCCUUCACAGACUCCUUAUCAGUAUUAAAAAGCGUAUCCGCCAUAUCGAAUUUAUCGCACACCAGAGAAGGUUUGAAAUCAGAAUCCAGAAUCGAGUGUCCGGUUGGAAGGGAUCACAGCGCAUGCGCAAGAAAACCGUCCAAAGCCAGAACAAAAUUCAGACGGAGAUCGAAGAGAAACACUAGAAGACUAUUAGGAGUUGGACAAAAAAUCGGCAAAAGAAAAAUAUUCAAAAAAAACUACGCGCCGUAAUUGAAGACGCUUUCAGUAGUUGUGCUUGGUGUUCAAAUAUUUUGUCUCUAAUCUAAUAGUUAUUUGAAAUUGGCCGACUGACUUGUUUUUUUUCCAGACUUUUCGUGUAAUUUGUUAUUUACGUAUCCCGCAAUAAACGUUGUCUCUCCCUUAGUAAA